AUUUAACAGUGAAAGCGCUUCUCAGUUCUCACUCUCUCUCUCAUCUAGGGUUCUACUACUUACUCAGUGACGAGCUCAAAUUUUGAUCGGAAGCUUCGCGAAUUCCGAUUUCGCUCAGCUCCAAUUCCGAGAUGCCGAGAUACUACUGCGAUUACUGCGACACUUAUCUCACGCACGAUUCCCCUUCUGUUAGGAAACAACAUAAUUCAGGAUACAAGCACAAGGCAAAUGUACGUAGCUAUUAUCAACAGUACGAAGCACAACUGAAUCAAAGUUUGAUAGACCAAAAAGUGAAGGAGCAUCUUGGGGCAUUCAGGCCUCCCGUUGCUCCUUAUCCAAGGCCCGGUCUUCCAGUUCUGCCUACGCCACUUCCGGGGCAGUUCCCUUUUAGACCUCCGGUGUUGCCAAGACCAAUGCCUUUACCUCCUGGAUACGCACCAAUGCCACCACACAUGCUGCCUCCACCUGGUGCGCCUGUUCCUGGUCAAAUGAACGGGCUCCAAAGACCCGUGACAGCUCCUCCUCAUCCAAUGGUUCCUGGAAGUGGUGGAAUCCCCACAAGCGGUGCCCCACCAAUGUUUCCUCCUCCGCCAUAUCAAGGUAACAUGUCGUCAUUACCUACCAGUGGAGGCAGUGAUGGUUCUGCGCCUAGCGCUCCGGAUUGAGGCUAAUCAGUAGUCCUGUGUUUGUUCUGUAUUCUUCUUUGGUAAUUUUUUUAUGUUAAGAUGUUGUCAUGCUGAUGAGAAUUUGUACAAAGAAUUUUUGAUUUGUAGAAGAAAGGCUGUGUUCUGUUUCCGAGAA